AUGAAGACUGAUUUCAAGUUCUCCAAUUUGCUCGGCACAGUAUACUGCCAGGGCAACCUGCUCUUCAGCCCCGAUGGCACCCAUCUGUUCUCGCCCGUGGGGAACAGGGUCACUGUCUUCGACCUCGUGAACAACAAAUCACACACGCUGCCAUUUGCGCACCGAAAGAACAUCUCCCGAAUCGGCCUUACUCCUCGAGGAAACCUGCUGCUGUCCAUUGACGAAGACGGCCAAGCCAUUCUGACCAACGUCCUCCGCCGAAUCGCCAUUUACCGAUUUUCCUUCCGUUCCUCCGUCACCGCUCUUUCCUUUUCGCCCUCCGGACGUCACUUUGCAGUCGGAUUGGGUCGUAAGAUUGAGGUCUGGCAUGUCCCGUCCACUCCGGAUGCGAAUGCCGAGGGCGAGCUCGAGUUUGCGCCGUUCGUCAAAUACCACACCCACACUCAGCACUUCGACGACGUACGCAGCAUCGAGUGGUCUAGCGACUCCCGAUUCUUCCUCAGUACCUCCAAGGACUUGACCGCAAGGAUAUGGAGCUUGAACCAGGAGGAGGGGUUCGUGCCAACUGUACUCUCUGGUCACAAGCAGGCUGUGGUCGGCGCGUGGUUUUCCGAGGACCAAGAGACCAUCUACACCGUGAGCAAGGAUGGUGCCGUGUUCGACUGGAAAUACGUCGGAAAGCCGGUUCGGGACGAGGACGAGAUGGUCGAUGUCGAUGAGGAUGACAUGCGCUGGAGGAUCGUCAACCGACACUACUUCAUGCAGAACAGCGCGCAUGUCCGAUGCGCAACCUUCCACCCCGAGUCCAAUCUUCUUGUUGCUGGUUUCUCCAACGGUACCUUUGGCCUUUACGAAAUGCCUGAUUUCAACAUGAUCCACACGUUGAACAUUUCACAAAAUGAAAUUGACUUCGUGACGAUCAACAAGAGCGGAGAGUGGCUGGCAUUCGGUGCAUCGAAGCUCGGACAGUUGCUGGUGUGGGAAUGGCAAUCCGAGUCAUACAUCCUCAAGCAGCAGGGCCAUUUCGAUUCGAUGAACAACCUGGUCUAUUCUCCUGACGGACAGCGCAUCGUCACGAUCGCAGACGACGGCAAGAUCAAGGUGUGGGAUACCGAAUCAGGGUUCUGCAUCGUUACCUUCACCGAGCACACCAGCGGCGUGACGGCCUGCGAGUUUUCCAAAAAGGGCAACGUUCUCUUCACAUCUAGUUUGGACGGUUCAGUAAGAGCGUGGGAUCUCAUCAGAUACAGAAACUUCCGGACGUUUACGGCACCAACAAGACUAUCAUGGUCGUGUAUGGCUGUUGACCCCAGUGGCGAGGUUGUUGCCGCUGGAUCUCUGGACUCUUUCGACAUUCAUAUCUGGUCUGUACAAACAGGACAGCUUUUGGAUCAGCUCACUGGCCAUGAGGGCCCGGUUUCAGCCUUGGCCUUCACACCAAAUGGAGACUCCCUUAUCAGUGGAAGUUGGGAUCGCACCGCCAGAAUCUGGUCUAUUUUCAACAGGACACAGACUAGCGAGCCUCUGCAGCUACAGGCCGAUAUCCUCGACAUCGCCGUACGACCCGACUCGUUGCAACUAGCUAUCUCGACGCUGGACGGCCAGCUGUCGUUCUGGUCGAUCAUGGAUGCCGAGCAGGUGUCAGGACUGGACGGCCGCCGCGAUGUGUCUGGCGGACGUAAGAUUACCGACCGCAGGACAGCAGCCAACGUGGCGGGAACGAAGAGCUUCAACACCAUCCGGUACAGCACAGACGGAAGCUGCUUACUCGCCGGUGGCAACAGCAAGUACAUCUGCUUGUACUCAGUGCACACCAUGGUUCUCCUGAAGAAGUACACAGUCAGCGUCAACCUUUCUCUGUCCGGAACGCAGGAAUUUCUCAACAGCAAACUCCUUACCGAGGCCGGUCCCGAUGGCCUGAUCGACGACCAGGGCGAGGCCUCGGAUCCUGAGGACAGGAGAGACCUCUCUCUGCCGGGCUCCAAGCGCGGCGAUCCCUCAGCGAGAAAGAAGCUGCCGGAAGUUCGCGUCUCGGGUGUAGCCUUCUCUCCCACGGGCACUGCUUUCUGUGCCGCCUCCACGGAGGGCUUGCUCAUCUACAGCCUCGACAACCUGCUGCAGUUCGAUCCCUUCGAUCUUAACAUGGAGAUCACACCCGCAUCUACGCUUGCCGUCCUCGAGAACGAGAAGGACUACCUCAAGGCGCUGGUUAUGGCCUUCCGCCUCAACGAGGCCGGCCUCAUCAAGCGCGUCUUCCUGUCAAUACCGCACACGGACAUUGCACUCGUCGUCGAGGAUAUGCCCAUCGUCUACGUGCCCAGGUUACUGCGCUUCGUCGCCGCACAGACGGAGGAGACGCCGCAUAUCGAAUUCUGCCUGCUUUGGGUCAAGGCUCUGGUAGACAAGCACGGCGCCUGGCUCACGCAGCACCGGAACAAGGUGGACGUCGAGCUGAGGAUCGUCGCGAGGGCGGUCUCGAGGAUGCGUGACGAGAUUAGGAGGCUCGCAGAUGACAACGUGUACAUGGUGGAUUACUUGUUGGGCCAGGCCAACGAGAAGGAGACGAGUGGUGUGAAAAUGCUUGAUCUGGCCGCGUUCGAUCAUCCCACAAAGACACUGGCCAUUAGGGAUGCGGACGAGGACCAGAAUGACUCUGAUGGAGAUGGAUGGAUUGGGCUGGAUUAA